AUGAAAGUCUGCAGUUUUACGAAAGGUGAUGGACAUAGUGAUCGUGUAGAUGACGGUGGUGAAGAUCCUUAUAUCUGUGGUGAACGUUCGUCAACAACCAAUAUUUGUCCACUAGAACACACUGUCUUGUGUUGUAAAUGUAACCGAUUACGGUCGGAAGAAGAAGCUACUCAAGACGAGAUUACAUGGUAUUGUGAUCGUGGUAUACCAGUUAUGCGUGAAAGACAGAGGAAAUGUUUAUGUCCACCGAGUUACUACGAUAAUCGUUGCCAAUAUCAUAAUCAUCGUCUUACAGUUAUAUUAGCUAUUAAUACUACACUAGUUUCAAGUUUCGGAUGUAAAACAGAGCAUUCCCUGUCCCCUGUUAUUCGAAUUGUUACGUUUCUGUUAUGUCAUAAUGAUACAAUUGAUCAUUCCAUUCAUAAUCCACUCAAGAUCAAUCUACAUUAUGUCGGAAUAUCAAGAUCUGAUGCUACAUCCAUGAGUAUCUCUCAUUUACCAAUAACAAUUGGUUAUAUAUCAAUUUCAGGCACAAUGAUGUUAAUUGGCUUCGUUAGUAAUAUUUUCUCAUUAGCAGCAUUAUGUCAAUCAACAAUUCGACGUACAACAAUUGUUUGA